AUGUCUACCCGUAAGCGCAAGCAAGAAGCCGGCGAAGAGGCCUCCGAGGAGGAGGAGCUCCAGGCCCUCCCCUCUGACGACAGCGAGGAGGAAGAGGAAUAUGUCGAGUCAGAGCCCGAAGACUCUGAAGCAGAGGACUCUGGGGCGGAAGCCUCAAAGCCCAAGAGACGCAAGGUUGAGCAGGCGCCCAACGAGGACGAUGAGGACGAGGAAGAUGAGGAUGGUGAGGGCGAAGAUGAGGAUGAGGAGGCCGAAGGUGAAGGCGACGGUGAGGGUGAGGAAGAGGAGGCUGAGCCCGAAGAAGAGGAGUCGGAGCGUGAUCCUCACGACGACUCGCACGAUGAUGAGGGCGACGAUGACGCUGAAGGCGAGGAUGACGAUAAGAAAGAUACUACUGCAGAGGAAGAGGAGGACGCGAAGCCUGCAGCUGCAGAGAAGUAG